UUGUCAGCGACACCGCCAGCUUAGUAGUCUCUUCAUAACAAACUCCUCGAGUUCUGAUAUUUAAAACAGAAUCUCAUGAUGUACGAAGCAAAAAUCAACUAAAUCGUAACAGAUCGCACUCACAGGUAUUUCUCACCUUUUAAAGCAAUCACCGAGAAUUGAUAUGGAGGAUGUUAAUUGCUUGGACGUUUCUAACGCACCUGUUUUUCACGAUGUGAAUUUAAUUGCAGGGAAAUACGCGGACGAGGAAUCCUCAUCUGGUGACACGUUUACUAAACAAACGUCAUCGCGCAAAAAUAUUCCUGAACAUCGUUGCGAGAUUUGCAAGAAGACGUUCUCUUCGGAGCACGAAGUCGUCGCGCACAGAGAAAAACACAAGGAGAAACCCUACCACUGUGAGAUAUGUGGAAAAUAUUUCGUGUGCAACAGUCAUUUUACAAACCACAAGAGGGUACACACGGGGGAAAAACCGUUCCACUGUGAAAUAUGCGGGAAGUCUUUCACCCAGAAUUACCAUCUUGUGGUCCACGUUCGGAGUCACACGGGAGAAAAACCUUACCAUUGCCAAGUGUGUGGAAAAUCUUUUGUGGAUAACAGCAAUUUAACAAGGCAUAAACGAAUUCACACGGGGGAAAAUCCAUUUCAUUGCGAUAUAUGCGGAAAAUCGUUCUCGGAUAAUUCUAAUAUCAUCGUUCACAAACGUAGGCAUACGGGAGAACAGCCCUAUCACUGUGAAAUCUGCGGGAAAUCUUUCGUAAAUAACAGCGAUUUGAAAAGCCAUGAACGGGUCCACAGCGGGGAGAAACCGUAUCAGUGUGAAAUAUGUGGAAAAUCCUUCUCUGGAAAUUCCCAACUGGUGAUCCACAAACGUAGUCAUACGGGCGAAAAACCGUUUCGGUGUGAGGUAUGUGAAAGAUCGUUUCUCACUAACGGCUUGUUGAAAGCUCACCUGAAAAUACACUCCGGGGAGAAGCCUCACCACUGUGAGAUAUGCGGGAAAUCUUUUCUGAAAAACCACGAUUUGAAACGUCACAGGCAGAUCCAUACCGGGGAAAAACCGUACCACUGCGAAGUUUGUGGCAAGUCCUUUUGUCAGAAUUCGGCCCUUACGCUCCACAUGCAAAUUCACACGGGAGAAAAAUCUCAUCUGUGUGAGAUGUGUGGCAAGUCUUUCUCCCGGAAUUCCGACCUUAUAAGCCACAAACGUAGACACACUGGGGAAAAGCCCUGCCCCUGUGAAAUAUGCGGUAAAUCUUUUGUUAAUAAUAGCGAUUUGAACAUGCACAAACGGGUCCAUACUGGAGAAAAGCCCUACUGUUGUGGGAUAUGUGAUAAAUCGUUUAUCACAAGAACUCUCUUAAAAAGGCAUGAACUGAUACACUCUAGGGGGAAGUCUUUGAGAUAUAAAACAUGAGAAUUCCUUGUGCAAAUAUAAACUUAAAGUCUACAACGAAUAUCCGUUGGAAAACAUCUAUUGUGAUAAAAUACACUCAAAAUAAUUCUAAUUAAGUUCUUGUCUUGUAGUCUUAAUUUCAUUUUGAGAGAA